AGCACGUGAAAUUACUACUACAUCGCAUAAAGCCGAAGAUCAGUAGUUGGUAUCUUGGUAUUUGUUUGUUAUGCAUUUUUUAGCAUUAAAAAGGAAAGCCCCCCAAACCCUAGAAGGAGUGUAGCUGCUUAAAGAUGGGAGUCAUCAAGUCAGCCAUGGCAGACGCCCUUUUGACAUCCAUAUGGGUUUUCAGCAUGCCCUUUCUCAGGAUUCUCACCCUCGAAAUUGCAGCUUUCCUCGGCCUUCGAUCCUUCCCUUUGGCUGCUUUCUUCAUCACCACCCUCUUGGUUAGCCUUAUGAUGUUUAUCUUCACCAUCGUCGGCAACGCACUCGGCGGCGCCACCUUCAAUCCCACCGCCUCCGUCGCUUUCUACGUCGCUGGCCUCAAGAAAGACUGGUCUGCCCUUUCCAUGGCAGUGCGUUUUCCCUUGCAGGCCGCCGGUGGAGUGGUGGGCGUGAAGGCAGUUCUGGGGGUUCUUCCAAGGGAAUAUAAAGAAACCAUCAAAGGACCUUCUUUGAAAGUAGAUAUGCAGACAGGGAUUUUAGCUGAAGGGUUGUUGACAUUUGGGCUAUGUCCAGCUCUGUUGGUGAUUUUGGUGAGGGGUCCUAACAACCCUUUGCUUAAGCUGUUGUUGAUGGCGAUAUCAACAGUGGGAUUUGUUGGGAGAGGGGCUAAUUACACAGGACCCUCCAUGAAUCCUGCAAAUGCUUUUGGAUGGGCAUAUGUUAACAAUUGGCAUAACUCUUGGGAGCUUUAUUAUGUUUAUUGGAUGGGUCCUUUGAUUGGGGCAACUUUGGCUGCUUGGGUUUUUAGAUUCUUGCUUUCUCCUUCAUCAUCAACCAAGGAGAAAAAAGCUUGA